GUUGUAGGAUUGUAGACCUAUGCAUAAAACGGAAGAGAUGGUGGCAGGAGUAAGAGGACAUUGUUUCCGGAAAUUGAGUUAAAUUCUAAGCAACAUGGCGAAACAUCAUCCAGAUCUAAUAUUUUGCAGAAAACAGCCAGGAGUCGCUAUUGGCCGAUUGUGUGAGAAAUGUGAUGGAAAAUGUGUUAUAUGUGAUUCAUAUGUGCGACCGUGCACAUUAGUGCGGAUUUGUGAUGAAUGUAACUAUGGAUCUUACCAAGGCCGGUGUGUAAUCUGUGGAGGACCUGGGGUGUCGGAUGCGUACUACUGCAAGGAGUGUACCAUUCAAGAGAAAGAUCGUGAUGGAUGUCCAAAGAUUGUGAAUUUGGGUAGCUCUAAAACUGAUCUGUUCUAUGAACGGAAAAAAUAUGGCUUCAAACGGAGGUGAAGAGGCCGUUGAACUUCUGUACAUUUUAUUGAUGUGGAUUGUGAGGAAGUUUGACUGUAACAGCUGAGUGUAGCAAUGCCAACAAAUAAGUGUGUUCCACAAAUGUAAUGAAGACUUCUCAGGGAAUCAACCAUGUCAGACUGAAAUUGGUGGCCAGUGUUUCUGAAACUUUUUCUGGAAUGGAAAUGUAUUCCAUCUUGACAUGGCUGGCUGCCCAAGAGGAUUUUGCUAUAUUUGUUUCAUGUGUAAGGUUCAAAUCCUGUAUUCGACAAAUGUCUUCUGUUACGCUGUAUGAAAUGUGACAUUAAAAACCUUUAGUUCUCUACUGAUGUA